AUGGGUCUGCACCAUCAAAAUAUGAACUUGGUUUUGUCCACUGAUGCAAAGCCUAGGCUAAAAUGGACUCAAGAACUUCAUCAAAGGUUUGUUGAAGCAGUCAAUCAACUUGGAGGUGCAGAUAGUAAGUAUUUCUAUGACAUCAAUGGCCUUACUUAUCAAUCUUUUGUACAGAGCUCAAGGUUUCCUAAUCUUUUCUACGAUUACAUAUGUGCAGAGGCAACACCGAAGAGUCUGAUGAGGGCGAUGGGGAUUCCUGGACUCACUUUGUACCACUUGAAGAGCCAUUUACAGGCAUUUCUCUUCAGAAUGAUUAGAUCAACCCAUGUUGCUUUUACAAAUGCAGAAAAGCAAGAUUUUCUCUUUGUUGCAGAUGACAAGGAGAUUCAAAGUAGUGAUGAUCAUUUCAAAGAGUCUAGCAGGGGAAUCUGCAGUGAUGGAAACCGCCAUCCAAUUGAUGAAAGCUUUGAGAUUGCUCAGGCUCUCCAAAUGCAAAUGGAAGUGCAGAGGAAACUUCAUGAACAGAUAGAGGUACAGAGACAUUUGCAGCUGAGAAUUGAAGCUCAAGGGAAAUACUUACAGUCAGUGUUGAAGAAAGCACAGGAUACACUGGCUGGAUAUAAUUGUUCUUCUAUGGGUAUAGAACUUGCCAAAGCUGAGCUUUCUCGACUCGUCUCAAUAGUUAAUAGCGGAUGUCCAAGUUCUUCAAUAUCAGAAUUGACAGAAACAGGAGGUUCAAGCUUAAAAGACAUAGAGAGGACACAAAUGAGGAGUACAGUAUGUUCAAUGGAAAGCUCCUUGACGUCAUCUGAGAGUUCUGGGAGAAAGGAAGAUAUGCAACAAAAGAAUGAGAUUCGUAACAUCAACAAGGCCAAUACAGCCUCUGCUGAGCUUCCUUUAAUGGAUAUUCACCCCCAAGACAACCCAUUGAAUACUGGUUCAAAUGAUCAAGGGAAGAAGAGAAGUGGCAGUAUCAUUUCUGAAGGUGUUUCUGUAGAGCAGCCACUGGCUAGAAGAUUGAAAAAUGGUGAUCAGCUGAGGGAAUUGAACAACUCAAUGGGGCACCUUCGGAGUUUGGGGCCUUUAUACUUGAAGGGUUCUUCUACUAAUAUAGUGUAUGCAGGAAAGUUACCUGAUAGAGUUAAAUCUUUGUUUAUAAACUAUGUAUAUUGGUAUAUGUAUGGACCCCAAGAUACUUUUGAAAAAACUGGAAGUACGAGAAUGGAGCUUCCACACAUUAUUCACAGACACUGUCUUUUCACAGCUUUUAUAUUUCCUUUACUUGUUAAUUUGUUCCAUUCUUUCCCAUCGAUACAAGGAAAAAAUCUUCCCUGCUUCACAUCAGAUGUCGAAGAGGUCUCAGGUAAGUCCUUUGAUUACAUUGUUGUGGGAGGAGGAACAGCUGGUUGCCCCCUAGCGACAACUCUUUCAGAGAGAUUCUCUGUGCUCGUGAUAGAACGGGGUGGAUCGCCUUAUGGAAAUCCCUUGAUAUCAGACAAGAUGUACUAUGGUUUCCCAUUGAUCCAAACCGAUGAAUUUUCAUCGGUGGCUCAAAGCUUCGUAUCGAAAGAUGGAAUUGCGAGCCAUAGAGGACGUGUGCUUGGAGGAGCAUCUGCUAUAAAUGGUGGGUUCUAUAGCAGAGCUAGUGAUGAUUUUGUUAGAACAGUUGGAUGGGACGGAGAACUAGUGAAGGAAGCUUAUGAAUGGGUAGAGUCUAAAAUUGUUUUCAAGCCUGAUUUGACCAUAUGGCAAUCUGUCGUAGAAUUCGGUCUUCUUGAAGCAGGAAUUUUACCUUACAAUGGAUUCAGCAUGGAACAUAUAGAGGGAACAAAGAUUGGUGGUACUUUGUUUGAUGAUUAUGGAAUAAGGCACACCUCAGCAGAUCUUCUUGAGACAGGGAAUCUAGAAAACAUCACCGUUCUUCUGAAUGCAACUGUCAAGAACAUCAUCUUCCAUGGCAAUGGUAAGGGAAACGAGAGCAUAGUCCGUGGUGUUAGGUUCAUCAAGAGCGAUGGCAGCACAAGCCAAACGUAUGAAGUUUACCUGAAUCAACCAGAAAAUUCAAGUUCAUGGGGAGAUGUUAUUUUGUCAGCAGGAGCACUAGGCAGUCCUCAAAUCCUUUUGUUAAGUGGCAUUGGACCAAAACAGCAUCUAAAGAACUUGGGUAUCCCAUUUGCGUUGGACUUACAAGGGGUUGGGAAAGAGAUGAAAGACAACCCUGGCAUUGCCCUUUUGGUGGACACCAAACCAGUAUACCGAUUUCCAGAUGCACCUCAACUUGCAUUUCCAGAAUCAAAAGGCAAGCUGGAAUUGAGCAGCACAGACCCUAGGCAAAAUCCUGCAGUGGAAUUCAAAUAUCUAGAAAAGGAAAAGGAUUUAGAGGAAUGUGUGAAGAUGGCUCGAUUACUUAAUAGAAUAGCAAGGUCACACUCUGUUGCUCUGUUCCUAGGUACUGAACCACAAAACAAUUUGGUGUCUAGUCCAGAUGAGCUGAAAAUUUUCUGCAAGAAAAAUGUCAGGACUUAUUAUCACUAUCAUGGUGGCUGCACUAUUGGUUCAGUCGUGGACGAUGAUUAUAGAGUAUAUGGGAUAAGAGGGUUGAGAGUAAUAGAUGGCUCAACAUUCUUGGAAUCACCAGGCACAAAUCCAAUGGCCACCCUCUUAAUGCUAGGAAGGUAUCAAGGGAUCAAGAUUGUCAGGGAAAGGGAGAAACUUCUGUAA